CGCACUGGCGCAAACUGUUAUGAAACAAAGUAGUGCAGCGGCGUAAAGCUGGUUCAGGGACACAGCACGGAUUCUCGGACAGGAGCUCUUGGCACGUAGCCCGCGUGCAUCUUUUCCCUGUUCUCCAGUACCGGGAGGAAGAAAUGCUUCUUUCUUUGGGCUUGACAUAGUCUUCACCCCAAAGGGAGCCAGCUCGAGAAUAACAUGGCCCCAAAUUCCAUCCACUGGUUCCGGAAAGGUCUCCGUCUCCAUGAUAACCCAGCUCUGCGGGAGGCGGUGCGCGGGGCGGGCACGGUGCGGUGCGUUUACUUUCUGGACCCGUGGUUCGCAGGCUCCUCUAACGUGGGGGUCAACAGGUGGAGGUUUCUCCUUCAGUGUCUGGAGGAUCUUGACGCCAGUCUUCGCAAGCUCAACUCUCGCCUUUUCGUCAUCAGGGGCCAACCAGCCAACGUGUUUCCCCGGCUGUUCAAGGAGUGGAAGAUCUCACGGCUGACCUUCGAGUACGAUUCAGAGCCGUUUGGGAAGGAGCGAGAUGCUGCCAUCAAGAAGCUGGCCAUGGAGGCUGGGGUGGAGGUCAUUGUGAAGAUAUCUCACACGCUCUAUGACCUGGACAAGAUCAUCGAGCUGAACGGCAGCCAGCCUCCUCUCACCUACAAGCGUUUCCAGACCCUCAUCAGCCGCCUGGACCCUCCUGAGAUGCCCGUGGAGACGCUGUCGGACACACUAAUGGGUUGCUGCGUGACCCCCGUCUCUGAGGACCAUGGGGAAAAAUAUGGGGUCCCCUCCCUGGAGGAGCUUGGCUUUGACACAGAGGGUCUGCCAUCAGCCGUGUGGCCCGGAGGAGAGACUGAGGCUCUGACCAGGAUAGAGCGCCAUCUGGAGAGAAAAGCUUGGGUGGCUAAUUUUGAGCGUCCAAGAAUGAACGCCAACUCUCUGCUGGCCAGCCCCACUGGCCUCAGCCCUUACCUGCGCUUCGGCUGCCUCUCCUGUCGCCUUUUCUACUUCAAGCUCACUGACCUCUACCGCAAGGUAAAAAAGAACAGCUCUCCUCCACUCUCCCUGUACGGCCAGUUACUGUGGCGAGAGUUCUUCUACACCGCAGCGACCAACAAUCCACGCUUCGACAAGAUGGAAGGAAACCCCAUCUGUGUUCGCAUCCCCUGGGACAGAAACCCGGAGGCGCUCGCCAAAUGGGCGGAGGCUAGGACAGGCUUCCCCUGGAUAGACGCCAUCAUGACUCAGCUGAGGCAGGAGGGCUGGAUCCAUCAUCUCGCCAGACACGCUGUGGCCUGCUUCCUUACCAGAGGGGACCUGUGGAUCAGCUGGGAGGAAGGGAUGAAGGUAUUUGAGGAGUUACUUCUGGAUGCAGAUUGGAGCGUGAACGCAGGCAGCUGGAUGUGGCUGUCCUGCAGUUCAUUUUUCCAGCAGUUUUUCCAUUGCUACUGCCCCGUGGGCUUCGGCCGGCGCACUGAUCCCAACGGGGACUUCAUCAGACGAUACUUACCUAUCCUCCGAGGUUUCCCCGCCAAAUUCAUCUACGACCCGUGGAACGCCCCGGAGUCUGUGCAGGCGGCGGCCAAGUGCAUAAUAGGCGUCCAUUACCCAAAGCCCAUGGUGCACCAUGCCGAGGCCAGCCGGCUCAACAUCGAGAGGAUGAAGCAGAUCUACCAGCAGCUGAGCCGAUACCGGGGACUCGGACUUUUGGCGUCAGUCCCUUCCACCAAUGGGAAUGGCAAUGGAGGAAUGAUGAGCUACUCUCCCGGAGAGCAGCAGCCAGGGACCAACAACAACAACAACAACAAUAACUCACAUUUGCCUGGAGUGUCAGGAAGCCCGGUUGCAACAGGUAAUGGCAACGGAAGCAUCCUCCUCAACUUUGACAGUGAAGAACACAAUGGACCCAAUAGUGUUGGUCAACAACGACGACUACAGCCGCUGCAGCAGAGUCAGCCGCAGCAUGGAUACCACUCAGUGCCAGACACCAGCCAGACCAUCACCAGCAGCCGACUCUACCACGAGUUUGCUGUGCCUCAGCACCCAGGAGCGUUCCUGCACACUAGGGGGGGAAUCACAGGAAAACGGGAGCGCGAGUCGGAACGCGAAGGAUCGGGAGAAGAAGAUCCGUCGUCCUGCUCUGUGCAUAAAAUGCAGAGGCAGAGUGCAGAGACUACCUAACUGAGGUGGACUCCACAUUAGAUUAUUCAUCAGGCCACGACGAGGAAAGCCCAAAGUCGCCCCCUUGUGCUCCAAACGCCGGCAGCAGCUCCAGACACGACCAACGGACUGCUCCUCAAACCCGGCAGAACUCAAACCACUGCUGGCUCCUUCCAGGCAAACGUUCCCUGGGCUUCAAACAAAAAGGCGAAAAUGCGAAUUUUGGCUUACAGCGCAGUUUCUAAAAGGUCUUUAUUUGGAAAUACAUUUCAAAAGUUAAUUGACCUUUCAGCGACACACAUACAUGUGUGAAAACAUUGGGAAAAAAAUUGUUACAAAGGCUAUGAUAAAUAUGAAAAAUCAUCAUUAUUGUCUUAAAACUGCUGCCACCAGCCAGUAUAAACUACAAGGACACUAAAGAGCAGCUAUAAAUGUAAGUCGAGGAAUGUUUUAUCAGCUGCAAACAUCCAGCUCUUAGACACAACAAACCAAACAGUUAAGUCAGGGUUUCUGCUGGAAGAUUUUUCACAUUUUUAACAACUUUGAACUUGUACAACAGGACAACCAGCCUGUUUUUGUUUUUUCCUCUGGUAAAUGAAGCUGCUGAGCUCAGAGAAGCUCCUGACCAGCCUGACGGCGGACAGACACCUCAGUGUGUCUCUGUGGCAUUUUACUGGUUGAUUUGCAUAAGCAAACUGAUCCUGCACAACACAAACAUGCAACUUGUUGUGGUUGAACUUGACAGAUCUUCGAUCCAUUAGUGUGUAACAAAGUUUUCAAUGGGAUUGGCUUCAAAACAAUGUAAUAUCAAAUCAAUCUUUUCUUUAAAAAUCCAAUAUAAUCUUUUUUAUUUUACAAAUGGCCUCCUUAAAUUAAUUUACACUACUAGCUUCGUCAAAAAUGUAUUAUAACCAAAUACAAAUUGGUUUUGAAUUGAAAAAAUUGAAUCAGAACUCGUGAAUAGAUUCACUGCAGUAAAACUACACUUAAAGUUCAAUUUCCACAUUCGUCCCUUUUUCUAAAUCCCUUUAGUCCUUUCUGCCCUCACAGGGUUGCUGGAGCCUAUCCCUGCCACUGUUGGACAAAACGCUUCAACUGGAAAACCCCAUAACUAGACCAGCUUCCAUUCUGGGCCACGUUUACGGCGUGAACAAACCGUCACCGCUCACUCAGGCUGUAGGAGGAACUCUACCUUUUUCAGAACGACAUAGGAGUUUGUGUUUCGUCUCUUUUCAUUUCCUUCUGUGCAAUCGUGUCUAAGAAAGUCUGUCAUUGGUCGCUCAAAGUUUAGUGUUUCCUGCUAAAAGUCCUUAUGGCCACUUAAGUGUUUUGUUUGUUUUUAUCUGUUUUUUAAAGACAUAUUGACAACAGUAAACUCAAAAUUCAUUAAGAAAAAAAAUGAUGAAGAAUUCUCAGUACAGUUUAAAAGUGGAGUGCUGUCUUCUCCCAUUGAAUUGACUUUCAAAAUAAAAUGAUUCUAAGUGUCAUAAACGCAACAGAGAAAAAUGUGGUAGAAAAGAUUGGAGUUAAAGAGAAUCAGAACCAUAAGCAGAUCUUUUAUCUUCUAUUAUUUUCUUUCGCAUUUUCCCUUUUUUAAUUGUAAUCUCUCUCAUUAAUCCAAUUAUUUUUCCAUUGAGGUGCAACCGAGCUGCAUUCGACUCUUAAAGGUACACCCCUCACUUUCCAAAUUUGUAUUUGACACAACUAAACAAACUGAGCUGGUGGUGGUCCCAGGUUCCCAGCACUUUAAAAAAGGGGCAAAACCCCAGGGGAUCCGUAUGGAGUCUCCUCAGAGCUCUACAGUUUAUUUAUACAUACUUUAUUUCAACCUUAAAAAUAUUUUAAAAAGUGAAACAUUAAAGUAAACAGCAAAUGAAGUAAAGUCAAAGGCACUAACAUGAAUGUCAGAAAACACAAAUGGAAGUAAAACUUCUACCUCUAUUAAUAUGUAAUUAUUUAUACUAUUUUCAAACUGAUUUAAUAGGAUUGGCUUAUUUUAAAGCACUUUUUAAAGUAAGGAACACAAUGUUCGAUCAGUCAUAAAGUCAAAGUUAGUUUCUUCACAGCUUAAAGCUGCAUUUGGAGUUUUUUAAGACAAAACAAUGUCAUCAAACCUGAUUCACUUCUGUUGUUUUGUGAGUCACUCAAACAGUUUGGAUUAGUUUGUUUAUUAUUAUUUUUUACUUUUCCUUCAAUCAUUCGCAUUUUCUCCUUUCUGUUUCCCCUCACUUAUGUAAAAUAAAGAAGAAAGAAUUAACUUUUAAGAAACUGAGGCUCUCUGGGUUUAUUUUUUUCUCGACGUGCGGCCUGCUAGGACAACCAAACAGAGCGUGGCGCGGCUUGGCGCAGCACGGUGCGGGGCGGUACGAGCUAUCUACAGGGCGUAGACCCCCAGGCAGCUUGUUACAAACACACUUUUCUAAGAUUUCUAAUAAAAACCAAAAACUUUGCAAACAAAAAGGUUGAAAAAAAAAACAAAUCAGAGUUGAGUCGUCAAAAUAAGAGCGUUCAAAUGAGCCUAAUUCUGUUGUUACAGCAGAUCCGACAUUCCUCAGAGUUGAGAUGAACGUUUGGAUUCAUCUACCGGACACAGACUGGAGCUGGAUAUGUGAAGCAGCUUUCUCAAAGAAAUGAAUCAGACCGCUGCUAAGAUCUACACGAAGAUUCAGAGAAAGCAAAAUGUCCUUGAAAGAAUUUUUUUGAAGGCAUUGUAAGGAUGAGAAGGGUGUCAUGUUGAGGUCAUGUACACCCUACACUAUUAUUUUUCAUUUUGUUGAGUGAAAAUGAACCAGAGAAUGUAUGACUCCCCCUGCCAUUCACACCCACACAUAGCACACCAACCCUAAAGUGAUUUAUCAAAAGCUCUUUUGAAAAUCGGGACAUUCUCUAUAGCAGAACUCCAGGCUUUUAAUUUGAAAGAGCUGCAGGAAGUGCAGCAGAAAAUAAUAAACAGGUUGACUUUGAUGGUUUGCCAGGUGAGAUCAAAUUAGGCCCCUCCCCACCAAAGCUUCACAUCUGUUCGUGAAGAUUUGAAACCAGGAUCCUGUUCUCUGCUGGUAUCGUGAAGCCUCAGUGACAUAUGUCUGUACAGUCCUGCAUUUUUGUUCAUCUUUGUAGCUUCACAGAGGGUGGGGGGACCAUAAAGGUGAGGAAUUUGUAAAAAAUUUAAAAAAGAAAAGUUUUAGACUUUGUGUAUUAUAAAUCUGUAUGUUCUAAAGAGAAUUUGAACAUAGCUAGUUUUUUUGUAGCUUUUAUCACUAAAAUGACAAAUUCAAUCAUUUUUUUCGCUUGUUUCCCUUCUGUGACAUGAGGGUGAAGAGCCACCAUCUGUCAUGUCUGUAUUAUGACGCUGUCUGUUCUUGUGUUGUGAAUGGCUUUUUCUGUGCUUGAUCACCUUCAUUAAAAGGAAAAUAAAACUGUUAAUACUUUA